CGGUCCGAUUGUACGGACACUUGCUCUCGUGCUUGUAUCCCGUCUUGUACGCAAAGGACGGGAAAUCAGGCCGAGUGCACCCGAAAGUGCGGUGGAACAUGCGAUGUUUCCUGUUUGAUGGCUGCCAAUCACACCUUGCAAGUACAACAACUUCAACAAAUGCAAGCGCAGAUCUUGCAACAGUCUUCUCAGCAGCAAAUGCAAAUGCAGCAACCUAAGUUGACGGCGCAGGAUCAAUGCGAGCAAAACUGCCAGCAAGUUUGCGUGAGUGCUUGCACUGCAAGAGCCUCAGCGCCGUCGGUUUGUGAGAACACAUGUGGCAAUGCCUGCAAAUUUGGAUGUCAAGACCUGGGGACUCCAGCUCUCAUACCCAUUCAACUUGACAUACAGGAUAGUUUCUACAGCGUGAACUGCGAGCCAAAAUGUGGCCAAACCUGCCACGCUCAGUGCGUGUCACAGGGAAAUCCGGCUGCAACUUGUUCUUCAUCAUGUGGGCAACAAUGCGGUGUUGCCUGCGCAGGACGCACACAACAGGUAGACAAUACGAUAACCCUUCCACCAAUACUGGCACCAGCACCCGCACCAAAUCCAUGUGUACAACGAUGCACGGAUCAAUGCCAGCUACAUUGCCGUCCGGAGCUGGAACCAAUGUGCUCCACUUCUUGCGAUACCGUCUGUCGCUUACGCUGCGCUAGCCUUGCCUCUCAACCGCUUGCGGUAGGUGGUCUUCCCACACAACAGACACAAUUACAGUGUAUUGCACCAUGUAUGCCGGCUUGUCUCCCCAAUUGCAUCAACUCACAACUCACUGCACCGACUGCCACCACUCCGUCACCACAAGUCGUGGCUGUUCCGCCAAAUCCGGCUUGCAUCACUAUCUGUAUGCCUACAUGUACCGAAGAUUGUAUUCAAGCAGCUGCAGACAAUCCCAAGCCUUUAUCAUCCACCUCCAAACCUUUGCUAAUUAACGUUAACCUCAUCUUGUGCCCCUUAGCUUGCCAACCCUCAUGUGAUAUAGACUGCAUUCAGACAAACUCCAUAUCUCAACAAGUACCUGCUACAGCUGCCCCUUCUCCUGUUCAACAAUGUAUCCCAGCUUGUCUUCCACAGUGUCUACAAUCAUGUAUAGAGGCACAAAUACCGCAACCUCAGCCAAGUCUACCUUCACCUACUAUGCCUUCACAAGUACCAAUUCAACCUUCAGCUUCAUCUCUUCCCAUGCCAAAAGUUCUCUCGCUUCAGUGUCCCCCUUCAUGCCAACCCACCUGUGAACUGAGCUGCAUCCGAGCACAGCAACCCAGUCCGUCGCCAUCUGCUUCAGCUCAACAACAGUGCAUACAGGCGUGUAUGCCGGCUUGUCAGCCGAGUUGCACGAUGCAAAUCCAAGCCCCUCAAGCUCCUACUUCAGCUCCAACGCCAGUUCAGGUGACUGCUGUUCCGAUGCCAACAGCUUCACAACAACAAGCGCAGUGUAUCUCAAUAUGUUUACCUCUUUGUGAUCCCCAGUGUAUACAGGCACAAUCCUAUGUUCAGUCACCACAACCCACUCCAUCCCCUGCUGUGCCUCCCACCACCCCACUUGUGUGUAUGCCAGCCUGUCGACCGGCCUGUGAACCCUCGUGCAUACAGGGUGUA